UUGAGAUUACAGCCAUCUUUAGCAAAUGCCAUCUCAGCCACUCUUCUUAUCUUUUUCCUCCACGCCCCUUAACUCUCCACCAUACGACAAUGUGACCACCACCCCAACAUGCCACAAACUCUCAGCCUCUCUUCCGCCACCGCCUCCCCCGCCGCCGCCCUUCUCAAGCCCAAACUCCCCUCUCCGCCGCCCAAACACCUCCACCUCCCUCCCGCCCCGCCUCCACCUCCUCCCGCCGAUCUCCCCGACGUUUCUCUCCCGGCGAAAAAACCCUUCACCCCACACCAAAACUCCCAUCUUCAAGAAAAGCUUCUGUACUUAGACUCCCUCGGAGUAGACUCCUUCCGCUGCUUCAAUUCCAAUCCGUCGCUCGUCUCCGCCUCGCUCCGGCAGGUGAAAUCCGUUAUUGAUUUCCUCCACGCCCUAAAUCUCGGCAGCCAUGACGUGCGGCGCGUGCUGCACACGUGCCCGGAGAUUUUAACCACCCCUCUCUCCUCCACGCUCCUACCCGCCGUCACGUUUCUCCUCCGGGAAGCCGGGGUGGACGCCCGGAGCCUCCCCGGAGUCAUCCGCCGGCGACCGCGGCUGCUCACGCGCCCCGUCGAGGAACAUCUCCGGCCAACUCUCAAUUUCCUGCAAACCACCGUCGGAAUCAACGACGUUUCCCGAUGGGCGACUCUUCUUUGCUGCUCCGUCGACUCCAAAUUCCUCCCCAGACUCGAUUACUUCCAAAGACUGGGUUUUUCCAAGCAAGAAUCCACGGCCAUUUUCCGGCGGUUCCCUCCCCUGUUCCGGUACAGCGUAGAGGAGAAUCUGGAGCCGAAAUUCAACUACUUUUUGGUCGAAAUGGGGAGGGAAUUGAAAGAAUUGAUGGAUUAUCCGCAGUAUUUCUCGUUUAGCUUAGAAAACAGGAUCAAACCCAGACAUCAAAUGUGCGUGGAGAAAGGGGUGUGUUUGUCGCUGCCUCUGAUGUUGAAAUCGUCGGAGGUUCGGUUUCGGGAUAGGUUAGAGGUCUGCUGCAGUUCUUCCAUGCCGGUGAGAACCUCUCCCCUGUGGGGUGCCAAAUUUGAUGAUGAUAAUGUGACACUGUAAUAUAAAUACAACAAACAAACAGUUGCUUCGAUUCUUCGGUUGUUCUUAUAAAUAUAUGAUGAUUGGUUUUCUUGCCGUUAAUU